UCCCUGCCUGAAAACCAGGGUACCAGGGCUUUGUGCAUCUUCCCUGCUGCCUCCACCCCGUCACAGCUGCUGGAGCCUGUGCUCGCAGCUGGCCAAGCGCAGCGGGAUGGGACUUGGGGAGGGGAAGCUGCUAUCAGCAGCCCACACCCUGCAUGUCCUCCUUUGGCUUUGAUCCUAGAGCAAAUCCCCCAGCUUGGAGGAAGAUGGGCUCUUACACCCGAGCACGCUCCCAGGGCUGGAGGGAGCUAUGGGUUUUGCCAGGGCUGCCUGUGGGGAUGCUCCCAGCAGAGGCUCCCUGGGCAGGGCAGGGGAGCAGAUGCUGCUGGAGCAGGAUCCCCCUGCAUCGAGGACAGGGUCCCUGGUAGGGAAGGAACACUGGGGUCAACGGACAGAGGAGCUUUGCUCCUCUCCAGAGUCUUCUGCCACACUGGGCAGGGACCCCUGAGGUUGGCACGAAUGGCCCAGGGCCACCUGCAUCCCACCACAGCUCUCCGUCCCCGCAGCUCUGGAGAACCUCCAUGCACCUUCGCGCUGCCAGUAGUGCCCUGCUCAGCCAUGCAUUCCCUCCCCAGGCCCUGGUCGUGGGAAGUGGGCUCCUGCCUGGCCCUGUGGGUGCCAGCCCUGGGCACCAGAGGGGCUACGGGGCUGAUUGCAGAGAUCGGGUUGAAUUCAUUGUGGCUGUGGCUGCUUAGUGACAGAUAGCAGCCACAGCUAGAGCCGGGGACAGGGGGGACAGUCAGCCCGGUUCACCUCCAGACAUGCCACCCUUAUCACCAGGAAGCUGGGGCAGAGAUAAGCGCAGCUUGCUCCAAGUCCAGCCAAGACAGCCCUGAGCUGGGAGCAUGGCAGAGGCUCCAUGGGAGGGUGACGGGAGCAGAUGCCGCAGGGGACACAUCCUCAGCGCCCGGCCGCUGCUUCCCCCUGCCCAUUGCCACCCCCAAGGCAAGCCCCUCUGACGGAUGUUGAGCCCUUUCCCAGCUCUGCGGUGUUUCCUUCCUCCUCCAGAGCCCCAGGACGGGGGGGUUGGCGAGGGCCAGGGCGCCUUCCACGCCAUGCGCAGCCCCUCAUGCUUGUCCCCGUGUCCCUCAGAUGCUCUUCCCGGACGCGGCUGGGUUGCUGGGGCAGCAGGAAGGCCUGGAGGGCCGGCACGCUGUGGCUGAGGCACCCCGCUGCCUGCUGACUCGGCUGCCGGUGCUGCCAGCUGCCCGUGAGCCAGUUCCUCAGGAAGCAGCCGUCGGGAAGAGCAUCCUCUCGCCUCUACCCGGAAAGCCCAGCACAGAUCACAGCCUUCUUCAUCCCACCAGGAACAUGGGUUUUCCUCCCCAUUUUGAGCCUUGGGCAACAGGUUCCUGCUGGAAUUGUCCUGUGCAAGUGGCAUUUCAGGGAGAAAUCUCUCCGUUGGGGCCACGGCGGAGCUGUCAGCUGCCGGGUUUGAGGUGGGAAAGACAGGGAUGACAUUUUCAUGGCUCCCGUUCAACCAAAAACUCAGCCAGCCCUAAACAUGUGCCCUAAACACGUGCUCCUGGGUCAGAGCUACCCUGACCCUGUGCAGCCUCGCUUACCCUGAAACCCACGGUCCCACCCAGGGUCCCUCUCAGGGAGCAGAAAACAAAUCUGGCAUCAUCCCUGAAGCUCCAAAAAUAGGGUGAGAGGCAGGAGGGAGCAGAGGGGAUUCGUCCUUCUUCGGGGGGCUGCUGGUGGCUGGAUCCUUCCCCACGCCAGCUGCUCCCCAGGAGGAGGUGGAGGGCAUUGGUGACCACAUCCAGACAAAAGCUGUGGCCAAAUGUGAGCCAUGAGCUUUUGCUGAAAAGAGGUGCACAAAAGCAUCCCUCUCCCCCUCCCCGCUGCCAUUCCCCUCCUUGGGCUGGGCAGAGGAUGGCUCCUGGCAGGCGCCGCGGUGCGUGCAGUGCAGGCAGCACAGGGCACCGUGAGGCUUGUUCCUCAGCUCCAAAACAAUGGGGUGGCCAUGCCAAGGAGCAGCGUGCCCUGAUGCGGCUGUCUGUCUAUCUGCACAGCCGGGGGUGGUGGAGGGAACCAUCCAGAUCGCCAGCUCACUGGGACAUGGACAACUUGGGCAAGCAACUACAGGGGGCACAGGUGGCCGGGAUGCAACUGGGAUGCAGCUGGGAUGCCAUCCCACCACCUCCUCUGGCCAUGGGGCAGGGCUAGGGGUCGGGGACCCUUGGCUGGGAUGCAGGCAGCGCAGCAGACCUGUGCUGCCGUGCCGGGAGAUGUAAUCGCCCCUCCAUUGUGGGCUGCAAAGCAGCCUGCUCCAGGCAGGCAAGCAGGCAGUGUGCCCAGCCGUCACGCUCCCACAUCCCUGGACUGCCUGGCUCCGCUGUGUCCAUUCUCAGGGAGGGCUGGCGGGCCCCUAGGGGUGGGUGUGCAGGAAAAAGGAGAGCAAGGAAGAGCAGUGCCUCCAGACCCUGGGUCCCACAGCCAUCCCCAGUUGGGGCUUCCCACGGGGGUCAGGAGCUGCCGGGCCGGCGCUGGCGGCAGAUAACACUGUUUCCGUGCCAGCUGCUCCCUAUCAGCGUGGCGGCGACGGGCAGACGAGAUUGCACCCUGAGCGUGCCGUGCUGGGGGGCCAUCAAGAAGGGGUCCUGGCCCCCUUCGCCCCACAGCCAGCCCCAGGGCAGUUUAUUUUUGCACGAGUUGUUUUCUUUCCGGCUUGACGCCGUCCCACGCAGCAGCAAGGGCCGGACCGGGGCCCCCGCGCCUCAUUUCCUUGCCAUAAAACAACAAAGCGGGGGGCGAAGCGGCGCGCUGGGCCAGGGCGGCAGGUCGCUGGGUCAGGGCACACGCCGGUCCGUGGUUCCUCCAUGUGCUCGGCCCCCUUGGCCACUCCUGGACCAGCAUCCCCCAGCUGUGUGGCCACCGUGCUGCCCUUCCUGAGGGCCAGAUCGGUGACUCUCAGAGCCAGGGCUGCAUGUCCAUGUGCUGGUGGAAGCUGGUGUGGAGGGCAUCACCCAAGUUUAGGGAUGAUGCCCCCUCAGAUGGGUGCAACCAGGUACCCCAAAGCUUUUGCCCUGGUUUCUGUCCCUCUGCUUUGCUGCCAUAGCCCCAAGCGGACCCUGAGGAGGCUGAACCCUGUGGCUCAGCUACUUCCCUUGGAACCCAGAGCAGGCAGGCGCUGCCUGCACAUCCCAGGCACAGACCACCCCCCUGCCACAGCCCACCCGUCCCGAGCCACUCGUGCCCACGGUGCUCCUGCCAUGUGCACGCUCGAUACCACCACUGCCUGGGGACCGCGACCAGUCCCGCCGCUGGGAUGUGGGACAAGGGAUGGCUCUUCUCCCCCAGCACUAUGGCUUCACCGGGGCUUUGCACGGGGCAUCACGAGGUCCCACCAGCCCCAGCGGUGCACCCCGCUCCCUGCCACUCUCCCCCUCCAGGCUGGGGACAAUGCUGGCAGCUGGCACAUCACAGACGAGGCGUGCGGGCAGCGUGCAGGCACAUGGCGAGGCCAUCACCCAGGCACGGCGGGCAGGCGGGGGGCCAGGGGCACCCACCCCAUCUCCGGGCUGCGAGCAGGGGGUUGGGAAAGGCGUGUGUUUCCCUUUAAGAGGCAGGCCCUGGAGCUGCUUCCUCUCAGCCCUGCAAGAGCCCUAAACACAGUGCAUCUGCCUGCAGCCUGCCUGCACGCCUGCCUGCAGCCUGCCCGCAACUAGCCCCGGGCUCAGGAUUCUGCCUCGCUCCCCAGUCAUGCUGCUGCUCCCGCUGCUCCUGGAGGCCACCCUGCUGCGCCUGGCCAGCAGCUCCCACCACCCUUUCUACAACGGCUUCUACUACAACCACAUCAUGAACGACAAGGACAAGGGGCAGGAGAAAGUGGUUUACUUCAAUGGGGCCAAGCUGGUGGUGGAGACCUCCAAAGACCCCAUCUACAGCUCCAAUGGUGCCAAUGUCACCCUGCCCUGCCGCUACUACUACGAGCCUGACAUGGAAGCCAAGCGCAAGAUCCGCAUCAAGUGGUCCAAGCUGCGGGAUGACUACACCAAGGAGCAGGAUGUGCUGGUAGCCAUCGGCAAGACCUACGUGGCCUUUGGGGACUUCCGGGGCCGCGCUCACCUCCACCAGGCUGGCCGUCGCGAGGCCUCACUAGUCGUCAGCGACGUGCGCUUGAAGGAUGAUGGCAAAUACCGCUGCGAGGUCAUCGAUGGGCUGGAGGAUGAGAGCGACGUGGUGGACCUCCGGCUGCAAGGCAUCGUGUUCCCCUACCAGCCUCCUCAUGGGCAGUACAGGCUCAACUUCCACGAAGCUGAGCGAGCGUGCCAGGAGCAGGGUGCCAUCCUCGCCACCUUCAACCAGCUCUUCCAGGCCUGGAGUGAGGGGCUGGACUGGUGCAAUGCGGGCUGGCUGGCUGACGGCACCGUGCAGUACCCCAUCCACCUGCCCCGCAAGCCCUGCGGUGGGCUGCACCUCGCCCCGGGCAUCCGCAGCUAUGGCCCACGCCACCGGCACCUGCACCGCUUUGAUGCCUUCUGCUUCUCCUCUGCACUCAAAGGAGAGGUUUUCUACCUGGACCACCCGGCUGGGAUGACACUGGAGGAGGCCAAGCAGAGCUGCCAGGACGUGGGGGCUGAGAUUGCCCAGGUGGGGCAGCUCUACUCCGCCUGGAAGUUCCUGGGGCUGGACCGCUGUGAUGCCGGCUGGCUGGCAGAUGGCAGCGUCCGCUACCCCAUUGCCAAGCCCCGGGCCAACUGUGGCCCCGCAGAGCCUGGUGUCCGCAGCUUUGGCUUCCCCAGCAAGGGCAGAUUUGGGGUCUUCUGCUACAAGGAGAGAUAAGGAGCUGGGAGGGCUCCUUCCUGGCCGGAGGAUGUUUCCAGCCUGACAGUGCCUGGCAUCAGGUGUUUCCCAGGGCUGUUUUGGGGGGACUGGGGGAGGUGGGGCGGGGGGGGGGGAGGCUUCUUUUUGUUUUAUUUUGUUUCCUUCCUUUAUAUUUUCCACAUCUUAGCAGCUGGCAUGUGGAGCUGCUUGGGGUGGCUGCCGGCUGGGGCAGCGCGGGACUGUCCCUGGCAUGGGGUGUGCAUGAGGAUGAUCCGCAUGGGCUGCUGCCACCCCGCUUGGUCGCUGCCACCCCGUGGUUGGUGGCCCCUUCCCACGGUGGCAGCAUGUCACUGACACCCGCCUGCCCUUCCAGGCUGGUCCUGCCCCUGAGCUUGCAGGGUGGGAGCGAGGCAAGGCUGAAUUUGGCCAGAGGCAGAGAGCGGGUGCCUCUGUUGCAUCCUGGCUCCUCUUCCAGCCCCGUCCCCAUCUCACUGAAGGAUGCCGUUGUGCCUGUCCCCACGGGAGCGCCAGUGCCUUAUCUCAAUGCACCCCUCGCCUGGACACCACUUGAACUCUGGUGCCUUCUUCUUCGAGCGUUUGGUUAUGAAAAGAUGUAUUUUCCUGGACCUCUUCUAAUAAAUCAGUGGAGAAAGCCCUGGAGCGACA